GGAAUUCCUGGCGUACAAUUUUCCAAAGAGAAGUUCGUCAAAAUUGACAAUGAGAAACGUGUGAAGGAAGCACUGGUGGUUGAAGGAGGAUUUCUAGAGUUAGGCUUUCGCUCAGUCUUAUAUCGACUUGAGAUCAUUGAGAAAGAUAGCAAUUCCUCCAUCAUCAAAUCGGCCAUCGAAUAUGAAAUUGAUGAAGAGCAUGCGGCCAAUGCUUCUUUUGUCACCACUGCACCCUUGGCAACCAUAGCUGAGACCAUUUCCAAAUAUCUCACUGAGAAGAAAACUAGUGACAUGAACUCUUGAAUUCAUGGUUGGCUCAAGCAAUGAACUAUGAACUGGUGGGCUUGCUAUAACAGUGAGCAAGUUAUGCCAUACGAUGAAAUGAAAAGUAAAGUGUUCAAUAAUGCAGAACAUUAACUGCAUCUUUUACUAUGAGAUUACGAACCUUUGUUUUCUUUCACCCCUACUGAAAUGAAACAAGAGUUACUGCCCCUAUGCUCAGAAAGGAAAAAAAAAAAA